AUGUCCGCGCCGACGGGACAACACGCGAGUGAGAAAAACAGUGACGUAACCGUCAUUGACAUCGACACCGACAUCGAUAUUAUCACCGAUAUUAUCGAUAAUAUCAAUAACCAAACAAAAAUAGAAGAUUCUAACGUACCAGUGAUAUACAUAGAUAAGCCAAAGGAAAUUAAAGCCAUGAAUGGAAACGGUAUUACAAAACCAAAUUCCAAGUCGAGUAACAUAGUGGAGGCUGUGCAGACUGCUCGGGAUGCCUUCAACCGUGGAGUCACCCGUCCUAUAGAAUGGCGUCGGAAGCAGUUGAACAGCUUGCUUCGUAUGUACGAAGAAAACCGCAACGCGAUGAUAGAAGCUCUGCACAAGGAUCUCAGGAGAAGCAAGAUGGAAGCUGUACUCCUUGAAGUGGACUACCUUAUCAAUGACUUGAAAAACACCAUACACUAUCUGGAUGAAUGGAGUGCACCCGAGAAGCCACCAAAAGGUAUCGUCAACAUAUUAGACAAAGUUGUCAUCUACAACGAUCCCUACGGCGUGGUCCUGGUCGUGGGUGCAUGGAACUACCCUCUGCAGCUGCUACUGCUGCCCAUGUCAGGAGCUAUAGCAGCUGGCAACACGGUUAUCGUCAAGCCAAGCGAAUUGUCGGUUGCUUGCGCUCAGUUUGUUGCAGAAACCAUACCCAAAUAUUUGGAUAACGAGGCUGUAAUCGUAGUUGAAGGUGGCCCACAAGAGACCACAGAGCUUCUGAAGCAAAAGUUCGACUAUAUCUUUUUCACCGGAGGCACGAACAUUGGCAAGAUCGUUUAUGAAGCUGCUACUAAGAAUCUGACUCCAGUUACAUUGGAAUUGGGAGGGAAAAGCCCUGUGUAUAUUGACAAUACGGUAGACAUCUUCGUGACAGCGAAACGUAUUCUUUGGGGCAAGUUUAUCAAUGUUGGUCAGACCUGCAUCGCCCCUGACUACGUUCUUUGCACAAAAGAGGUCCAGGACAAAUUCAUUGAAGCCGCCAAAAAAGUGCUGAAGGAGUGGUAUGGUGAUGAGCCACAGAAAUCACCAGAUUUGUGCAGAAUUAUCAAUAGCAGACAUUUCAGCCGUCUCCAAGCCCUAGUUGACGCCAGCAGGGAUAAGAUAGCCAUCGGCGGUACAUACGAUGCUAAUGACAGGUUUAUUGAGCCCACUGUUCUUUCAAAUGUAACAGGCACAGAUAAAAUAAUGCAAGACGAAAUAUUCGGCCCCAUUCUACCAAUUGUAACGAUCGAGAACGCAUACGAGGCGAUUAAGUUUAUCAACGAAAGGGAACAUCCGUUAGUGCUUUACGUGUUCAGCACACAAAACAACAUACAAAAGUUGUUCACUGAACAAACUCGUUCGGGCAGUAUCAAUAUGAACGACACAAUCAUGUUUUAUGGCGUGCUCUACGUGUUCAGCACGAAUGAUAAGGUGGUGUCAAGUUUGGUUGACAACACAAGUAGCGGAGGAAUGUGUGUUAACGAUACCGUCAUGCAUAUGGGAGUGGAAACUUUGCCUUUCGGCGGCGUUGGUUCGAGUGGCAUAGGUGCCUACCACGGUAAGGCAACCUUUGACACGUUCACACACAAGAAGAGUUGCCUCAUUAAGAACUUCGCAGCGAUUGGGGAGAAACUGGCUUCGGGUCGCUACCCGCCAUACUCGGAAAGCAACCUUAAUUUCCUCAGUACGUUGAUGCGGAAGCGCUUCGGCCCAUCGCUGAAGUUCGUACCUUACGUACUCGCGUUCGCACUUGGCGCUGGAUUGUCGUACGGAAUUUUCACUUGGCAGAAGAUGACAUCAGAAGACUUGUAA